AUGCACUCCAAUAGCAUAUCUUUCCCGCAAAAACGCCAGCGCUCAGGGUCUUCUGCUGAGAUAUCACAAGGUUCGAAGAGAAAGAGCUCGCAUCCGCCUGUAGCGUAUUGGGAUAACCUAUCAAAGAUCUGGUUGACAGCAGAGUCGUUACGAGAGUUGGACCGAAGAACCAGCUCUGCUCCAGGAUUUCAGCACGCUGAGUUGAAAAAGGAACACCUUCACUUUGCACCUGACUUCCUCCGUGACUGCUCACCUACUCGAUUGAGGGAGAUCAAGAGCCUUGCAGCAUCGGGUGGCCCCGAUCUGACUGGCUUGAGAAAUUAUCCGCUUCCCCAAACAAUGAGCUCGCGUGUACAGAAACCCUAUGCAGAUCCUCCUCUAUCAGAAACCACCGGGAACACAAAGACGACAACCAAGACUACAGUCACCUCGGCCUAUAGUCGGAACUUUGAGUAG